GUGAUUAUUCUACACGGAAGUGACGGCAGAGCUACGAUGGCCGCUCACAGUUCGGUUCCGGAUUCGCUGUGAGCUGAGAAGCGGUGUUGAUGGCGACUGCUUGGACUUCUUGUGUUUUGGUGCCGAUUGGGUUCAUUUUUGUUAAGAACAGAGAGAUAUUAGCAGUAUAAAUACAGGAUCCAAGAAGUUAAUAUUGUUAAUUGACAGCUACUUGGUUAAAAACCCAGGCAGUUCGCUUGCUAGCCAACUUGCUAGAUAGCAAGCUUGGUUGCCAGCUAGCUACUUUGUAGCUCAGGAUUCCCUUCUUUCAUUUUUGCUAUUUUUUAAAAUACUUUUUAAUAUAUAUAUAUAUAGCUGAACACGUUUUCUGAGUGGCCAUAAGCCACUCUCGUGUUCGCUCUGUCUCCUGCUCGGACGUAUUCGACACGGCAGUUUGUACUUUUAGCUAGCUUGCUAAGCUAGCUACCGCUUGCGAGGUUCUGGAGGGGGUGAGGGGUCCCGGCUUUUUGGUCGGUGUCGCUGGCCUGACAGUUGAGAGUGCUGUACCCCCUCUUUGCGCCUGGUUCCUGUGUCGUUUUUGGCGUUGCUGUCGACAUGCUGAAGACCCGACAGUGUUUACUUGGGAUUCGGACUUUCCUCGGAGUGACGUCCAGAAUAUGGGGCUUCAUUUUGUAUAUUCUCAGGAAGCACCUACGAACGAUAAUCCAGUACCAAACAGUGCGUUAUGACACGCUACCUCUCUCGCCCAUCUCCAGAAACAGGCUCAGUACGGUGAAGAGGAAAAUCCUGGUUCUGGAUCUGGACGAGACACUGAUCCACUCUCACCAUGACGGGGUCCUGAGGCCCACAGUGCGGCCCGGGACACCUCCUGACUUCAUCCUAAAGGUGGUAAUAGACAAACACCCAGUCAGGUUUUUUGUACAUAAAAGACCACAUGUCGACUUUUUCCUAGAAGUGGUGAGUCAGUGGUAUGAGUUAGUGGUGUUCACUGCCAGCAUGGAGAUCUACGGCUCUGCUGUGGCCGACAAGCUGGACAACAACAGGGGAAUACUGAAACGCAGAUACUACAGACAGCACUGCACACUGGACCUGGGUAGUUAUAUAAAAGACCUGUCUGUAGUGCACAGUGAUCUGUCCAGUAUAGUCAUCUUGGACAACUCGCCCGGAGCCUACCGUAGCCAUCCAGACAAUGCAAUACCUAUAAAGUCGUGGUUCAGUGACCCUAGUGACACGGCACUACUUAAUUUGUUACCCAUGCUUGAUGCACUAAGGUUCACCUCAGACGUCCGGUCCGUCCUCAGCCGAAACCUUCACCAGCAUCGGCUCUGGUGAUAGGCCUGCUGGACCUCCACCAACAUCAGCUCUGGUGAAUUGGCCUGUUGGUGCUCUCUCUAGCAUUGGCUCUGGUGAUUGGCCAUUUGGUGCUCUCUCCAGCAUUGGCUCUGGUGUUUGGCCUGUUGGUGCUCUCGCCAGCUUCGGCUCUGGUGAUUGGCCUGCUGUACCUCCAUCAGUAUCGGCUCUGGUGAUUGGUCCACUGGGGCUCUCUCCAGUAUUGACUGUAGUGAAUGGCCCACUGGGGAUGACCAGGCCCUGCUGCUUUUAAAAAAAAACAUCUUCCCUGCUGGCUGUUGGCCCUUCUUCCCAACACUGUUGACAAUCCCAUCUCUUUUAACAAGGAGCGAGGAGAUGGGGAAGAGACAAAGCUGAAGUUGGGGUGAGAGUGAUUGUGGGAAACUGAAAACAAGUGGAGAGGCCAGCUUUAAUUUAGUAAUUUUUUUUUCCAAAAUGGAGUCUGCCUUAUAGUUCCCUGAUUCAGAGUGUACAAGCUUGAUAUGUGCAUACAUGGAUGUAUGGGGAGUAUGCCUACAUUUGUUUUUUUGUUUUCAGUGAAAUUUUUUUUUUGAGCCGUCAACAAACGAGGCAAGAAAACCCCCCAAACCAUAUGGCCCCCCUCCUUCACAUCUUUUUUUCCCCUCCAGAAACCUUAACCCUUUAUGUUCUCUCUUUCACUUGUUCUCUCUCCCUCUCUCCCUCUUAGUUAAAAGGUAUUAUUGUCUCCCUCUCUAGCACUUACCAUCUUUCUUGCAGUCUUUGACUCAUUGCAGAAGCUCUCUCACUGUCCUCAGCUAGGUUGUUGCGUCAGUUGGACUUUGAGUCACUACUAAGAGCCAUAGAGUAGCUGGACACAGCAAGGUAAAUCAGAAAUUUGGCUAAGAAGUAGAGGUGGAAGUGAAUAUGUGUCAGGUUUUUUGGAAUAUUUGGGGAAAAGGUGAAUGAAUCUGAGUAAGAGGCCUCAUUUUAUCACUUAAUUCCACGGAAAACAUGUUUUUCCUAAUUAAUUAUCUGAAUCAUCUGAAGGGCUGAGAAAGGACAAAUGUGCCCCACGAGGUAAUAGGAUGGCCAAAAAAUUGUUGAUUUUGUCAUUAGCAAAAAUAAAUUUUUUUGUUGUUGAGAAGAAUCACAGACAUCUCUUUGUUCUGGUCCACCUCAAGCCUCCAUAACCAAGGAUAUGCAGUUUUCCAACAUGCAAACUUGUCACCCACAAUAAGGAUGCUCAAUGUGUUUUUUAGUCCUUCUAUUUAAAAAAAAAAAAAACUUGCACUUCAUUAUCUUGACCUUAGUUUUUGUUUUGUUUGUCAUAGUUUUAAGUUGACUGACCCCCCUCCACCCCUCCCUCAACUUCUGCUCCCCGUCCAAUUAUAAAUCCCCCCCCUCAACCCCAAAUGCCUAUUGAACAAUCUGUCAAGAUUCCAGGCGACUUCUCUGGGUAAAGUCGCCAGGUCUAUGCGUGUUGUUACCAAUAAAACACUUGUCACUAUCA